AUGUAUUCGUCUCCGCAAUCCGCGCGCGACCCGUUCUCGCUGCUGCCAGAUGAGCUAAUCGUCGAUAUCUUCGCCCGCGUCGGCUGCGGCGCUGCUGACGUCAGUAUCAUAUCGCUGACGUGCAGACGCUUUCGCUCUCUCACGCGCUACGUCCCAGCGCUCCGUUUCGCCCCAUCUGACGUGGCAAACGGUGACCGCGUUGCGGUGACAGCCUCUCCCACGCGACUCGAGGAGCUCGUGUCGCGCAUGGUCCUGAAAACGCGGUCGCUGCAACACCUCCACGUGGCGUCGGUGUUGGCCGCCGACGGCGCUGGUGCCUGUUCUUGCUCGGAGAAUGACGGCAGCGGCGCGGCGGAGCGGCAUCAUCACGCCGCGUGCGCUGGUGCUGGCGCGAGUGGCAGCGACUCGAACGGCUGCUGCAAUUUCUGCGGUUGCCACGUGGCGGCUCCGCAGCAGCACCCGCGCGAAUUCAUCUUCGAAGCGUGGAUGCGCCACGUCGGACCUCAAUUACAAUCGCUCGUCUUCUCGCGCUCCCUGCAGCCUCCGCCGCGCAGCAGCAGUUGCGCCGGCUCAUGCGGCGGUUCUUCCGGCGCGACCCGCGGGAUGACGGUGAACGUGUGGGAGAACGAGGAUCUCAGCGUGCAUUUGCGCCACGUGGCGCGCCAUUGUUCGUCGCUGCGAUCCCUCUCCCUGGGCUCCCUGUCGCUCUCGUCGUCCCUGCUGACGUGUCACCUGCCGCAAAUGCGACACCUGGAGCACCUCUCGCUCUCCUGGAUUCACGCGUCCAAUGAGAGCCUUCAAGCCGUCCUCGACGCUUCGCCAAACCUUCGCCGCCUCUCCAUUUUUAUGGCCACGGGCUGCCCGCGGAUAAAUCUUCGCCUGCCCGCUACAGUGGAGCACGUCGAGCUCGCGUAUCUGCGCGCCGAGUCCUGCUCCUUCCGUAACGCCCGCGCGCUCCGCUCCCUGUCCGUUCGAGACAUGUUCGUCCGCUCCGUCUCGGUGCGCGACGCGCCGGUUCUGCGCCGCGUGGCGGUCGCGAGCGCGAGCGUGCUCGAGGUGGCGGCUCCUGAUUCGCCGCUCCUCGCCUCGCUGGACCUCAAAGCCGGGUCGUUCGGCUGGGCGGCGAUUAAAGCCCUGGUUCAAACCGCGGGCGCGUCUUUAAUCUCCUUCUCGCUAGACUUCUUCUCCGCGGGACCCGGUGCGAUUUGCGCUGGAGUGUUCUCCUUGACCUGGCUCGCAGCCUCGUGUCCGAACCUGAAGGCGCUCAGCUUCGGCGCGCUGCCGUGGCAACUCGUCGUCUCGUGGGCGGCCGCGGCUGGCGCGUUCCGCGCGGACGGCUGGCGCGCGCAAGGCGGGUACGCGGAACGCGGGUACGAAAUGCGCGCGGAUUACCCAUGGCCGCAACUGGCGGAGAUUAAGGUGCGCGUGCAGGAGGAGCGACCCGAGGCGCUGCUGCUGCUGCACACCAUGCUGUGCCGCAUGCCGUCCCUGAGAUCGCUGCAAGUAAGCUUAGUUCCUGGGGAUGAUGAGGAGGAGGAAGAGGUAGAGGAGGAGGAGGAGGAGGAGGAGGAGGAGGAGGGAGAUGAGGGGUAUGAGGGAGAGGAGGUUGAAGAGGAGAUGGAGGAGGGGAUGGGGAAGGAGGGGGAGAUGGAGGAUGAGGGAAUGGGGGAGGAGGAAGAGGAGAAGGAUGUCAAUAUGACUGGAGAAGAGGCGGAUGGCCCUAUGAAUGCCACCGCAGCAGCACCAGCAGCAGCAACGCCAACAGCAGCACCUGCUGCCUGCGCUACAGCCGGUGGUGCAACAGCCGGAGCAGCAGCGGAGUGCAUGGGGGCAGUGAGGUGGCAGGAGCUGUUUGUGAAAGGGCUGAUGUGCCUGCAGCAGCGCUUCUCACAUGUGCGGAGGCGGCAGGAGCUGUUUGUGAAAGGGCUGAUGUGCCUGCAGCAGCGCUUCUCACAUGUGCGGGUAUGUGUGCCUGCUGCUGCACACAGAAGGGACACCGUGUGA